GCCAGAAUGAGUACAUUCUUAGAUUACUCAGGGAUGAGCGGCGGGGACGGAGCUGGCGGGGACUCGUGCUCUGUCAGAGCGUUCCAUGCAGAUCACGGAAUUACAACUUUCCAGUCUUGUUCUCUCACAGUAAACAAUUGCAACGGGAGCGAACGAUUCUUGGCCAACAGAGCGUCAUCUGAGGCAGUUUCAAAUAAUUCACAUCGAGCCGGGUCGUACCAAUCAUCCGGGACACUGUCACUCGCCUAUGGUGCCCAUCCAACGUACGGAACUCAAAGUUUUUGUGCCGGUUAUAAUCACUACACCAUAAACCAAGAUGCUGAUUCAACUCCAGCGUUAUCUCAGUGCGGUCCGCUAGUUUACACUGGAAAUAUUUUGCAAUCCCAUCAUAAUCAUCGCCAUGGCUACAACAGCAGCAGUGCGCACUUACAUGGCCAAUUUCAGUACGCAACAUCUACAUACGGGCACGGCCAGGAACAGGCAAAUUUAACGUUCGUGGCAGGAUGUUCAAAUCCUCUGUCCCCUUUGCAUGCAGUGAAUCACGACACGUGCUGUUCACCUUUAUCAGAUGGUGCAUCCAAGGCGCAGACGUUCGACUGGAUGAAAGUGAAACGGAAUCCACCAAAAACAGGAAAAGUGGGGGAGUAUGGUUAUGGUGGGCAACCCAACACAGUUCGCACAAAUUUUACCACCAAACAGCUGACAGAGCUGGAGAAAGAGUUUCACUUCAACAAGUACUUAACGCGAGCCAGGCGUGUGGAGAUAGCUGCUGCUCUCCAGCUAAACGAGACUCAGGUGAAGAUCUGGUUUCAGAAUCGUCGCAUGAAGCAGAAGAAGCGUGAAAAAGAAGGAAUUCUUAGCAAAACUGUGCCGGAAUCAGGGGACGGUCCGGAAAAAACUGAAGAUGCAUCAGAACAGUCUUUUUCUGCGCCGUCAACACCAUCUCCUGCAUCCUUGGGAACUGAUCCCUUUUCCUCUGGAUAA